GCAGCAGCGGCCGCUGUGACUCCGAGGGAUGUGACAGCCGCUGGGGAGGGGCCGAGGCGCCGACUAAACGUUGCCCACGUGCGAGGAUCCGGGCAGGGGCUCGGCUCCCAGGUCGCCCGCUGCGUGGGGCAGCGCGAGGGGCGGCCGCCGAGUCCCCGCGGGAGCGAAGGGUGUCAAGGGGCAGAAGAAACAAAAGUUCCCAGGGCUUCUCCGAGCCCGCUGUCCGGGUUGCCGGUUUAGCCGCCCCACUCCUCGCGAUGGCAAUGGCUUCCAAACUCUUGCGCGCGGUCAUCCUUGGGCCGCCAGGUUCGGGGAAGGGCACUGUGUGCCAGAGGAUCGCCCAGAACUUUGGCCUCCAGCAUCUCUCCAGCGGCCACUUCUUGCGGGAGAACAUCAAGGCCAACACCGGGCCAGCUUGGACUGAGAUUUGCAAACCACAAAUCCUGGUUGUUACCUUUAGUCAUUACGAGUUGAGGCAUGAGAAUGACUGCACUGCGCAGAAACAGACUUGCUCCCACAGUGGGGGUGAUGGAAGAUGCUGGGUAAUAAAUAAAUGGUCUGUGGCACUUGGCUGGUUCACCAGCAUUAUCUAUUGGAUUAGAAAGACGUGGGGCCUCAUUAUUUACUCAGUUGAAAUUGGUGAUAUGGCAAAGCAGUACAUAGGGAAAGGUCUUUUGGUUCCAGAUCAUGUGAUCACACGCUUAAUGAUGUCGGAGCUGGAGAAUAGGCGUGAUCAGCACUGGCUACUAGAUGGUUUCCCUAGGACAUUAGUUCAGGCUGAAGCCCUGGACAGAAUCUGUGACCUGGAUCUAGUGAUCACUUUGAACAUUCCGUUCGAAACACUCAAAGAUCGUCUCAGCCGGCGUUGGAUCCACCCUCCUAGUGGGAGGGUGUAUAACUUGGACUUCAAUCCACCUCAUGUACAUGGGGUCGAUGACAUCACUGGUGAACCGUUAGUCCAGCAGGAGGAUGAUAAACCUGAAGCAGUUGCUGCCAGGCUAAGACAGUACAAGGAUGUGGCAAAGCCGGUCAUUGAACUGUACAAGAGCCGAGGAGUCCUCCACCAAUUUUCUGGAACGGAAACUAACAAAAUCUGGCCCUAUGUUUACACGCUUUUCUCGAACAAGAUCGCACCUAUUCAAUCCAAAGAAGCAUACUGAGCCCUCCCAGUGGAAGAACUAAGAAGAUGUGAUUUUUUCAAUUGUAUGUUUAGUAUUGGUGCCAUGUCCCAAUUAGAAACUAGCCGAGGUAGCUUGCAGCAUCUUUUCUAGUUUAAAUGGUAAACUGAUGAAAACUAAUGAUAGAAAGUGUUAAUGAAGAGGCUCUUCUCUGCCUCAAAAGAAGGGUUGCCUGCACGCAUCGAAGAUGUCUCUGUCUAUGUCUCAAGCAAGCCCUUCACAAGAAAGCAAGUACAGGCUGGAUUUCAAAUGGUGUGUAACCCAAGCUCUCGCUGAAUUUUGACAGUCGUGCUGUUGCCAUAGUAGCUUUUUUACACUUGAUGGUGGUGGCCUCUGAUACUCUCCAUGUCCUAAAGACUGUUGAACCAUAGCACCAGUAGGCCUGAGAGUGCCAAGGGCUGUAGCCCACCCUUUGUCUCCCGUUCUCUGGUAUGCAUCCCCCUGGUGACAACAGAAUUGAAGCCAGUUGCUCUUAGUGGUUGCUUCUCUGACUUCGAGUGACUGUAUCCACAAUUUUUUUUUCUGUUAGGGGUGAAACACCUUUUUUUCUGCAUCCCCGCUGCAUAGAAUUUCUCCUUUUCAGACAUCCUAGAAUGAACGGAUUCAGCUUCUGCUAUUUUUAUUAGACUAUUUUUUUACACCUGUUUUCUCCCUCUCUAGGCUAUUAGGUAAUUGCUUUUGUCCCUCUGAAAUUCCCUUCCAAGAGCUGAGAGCUAGGAGACGAUAUCAGAUCACUUCAUGUACCAGGAACGGAUGUGGAGGGUCUACGUAAACUAGUCUGACUCUCAUGGGUGGGCACCGCUCCUUUCUUUCAUUGUAGAAAAAUAAAAUCCCCAGAGUCUUUUGGAAAUCCUCAAAAAAAAAAAAGAAAAAAGAAAAAAAAAAUGAAAUAUUCACCUACAUAAGUCUUAAAAGGUAAUAUCUUAUGUAUAGAUGUAAUAAGACCAUAUGGAAUUACCGGACUGAAAGAACAGUUUAGCUUUUUGAUAUUCAAGACAAAAAUGUAUUUUGAAAAUGCUGCUAAAUGUUGAUGCUGACAGUAUUUUUCUCCUGUGAGUGACCCAGGCAUGUUAUAAGUAGUUGGUAAAGGGAAUGGAGCCUGUGGGGUUGAGGAUACAUGUUGCACUAACUGUGCCUAGACUAAGUAUGACAGCUUUACAAUGAUGAGAAAACAAAAAUCUAAUUUUUUUUUUCUAUUCCAAAGAUUCUUUCUAUAGGGUGGCCAUUAAGUCUAGAAAUAUAGGUAGUAUUAUUUUGUGAUUCAUUAUAAUGUAAUAUCAAUAAACCAUUUAUUAAGGAUUUGCUCGGUUUCUAGACUUGGUGGCCACUUUGUAAAAUUCCUGCUCUCCUCUGGGAAAGAUAACGAAAUUUAUUCCUGUUGCCUUAAAAAUAAAUUUCCCUCUUCAUGCAUCAUGAUUAUCCCCAGGGAGGAUUCUUUACUAUUCCUGGGAGUGACUUCAGUGUAACCAUUGCCUUUGUGGUUUGGGGGAGAGGUAUAAGAAAUGGGAAAUGGCUUGACCCUUGAUUCCAUACUCUACUUCUCCAUCCUUCCCUCCCUUCUCCCUUCCAGCAAAAAAGACUAUUUCAGCCAACAUCAGGGUCACUCAAUAUGUCUCAACAAUGUUUGCUGUUUCUGAGAUUGCCCAGAAACUGAGGGGCCUUUGCUAGGUGACACUGAUAAAGGAUAAACACCUUCUCUGUGGUCUUUGAAAGAUGUUGCUUGUUUCAUGUUUAAAGAAUCUAUUUCUGAUUUUCUUCAACAAACUCUAACUUUUCCUUUAAUAAUUUUUAUAAAAAAUUAAAGUUUCCUUGAAAGUAUUUUGACAAAAGUAAAAUUCAAGUGAUAGCUUUUCUUGGUUUUUCUUCUAUUGCCACACAUGCAGUUUCUUCACUGUUGCACAGAAAGAGUAGUUUGGAUGGUCUCUAAGACGCCUGCCUAACCAGUCCUCGUAAUCUUUGAUUCUACCAACUCUGAAUUCAUUUUGCUUUCUAUUAUCCUGACAGGCAUCCCACUUAGAAUUUGAAAAUGUUGCUGUGUUUAGUACCCUUUAACACUAAGGCAAACAUAAAAAUAGGUCCCACUUAUCGAAGGCCUACUGAAAGAUAUGUGUGGUUUUAGGACUGCUACAGACAUCUCAUUUCAUCUUUCAAGCAUCCUGUGAUCCCAUGUUUAUGAAGAAAGACGGCAAGGUCAGAGAUGGGAAGCGUCUUGCCCAGGCUUCUGCUACCAAUAAACAGUGUAGCCAAGACUCACACCCAGGUUUUCCUGACUCUGCAGCCUGAGUUUGCUCCUGGAUGUUAACUACCUGUGUCCUGUCCCAGGCAACCCAGGCUGUGAGCCUGCUUGGUUUUGCUUAUUUUUACAAGUGGCCUCACAUCAAAAAUAGCAGAUUUUCCUAUGGUGACAUUCAGCUUUGUGUGAGACUGUUCUUUUUUCCUCUUUGCUUAAGUAAAAGAAGCUGCUAGAGGAAAGUCUGAGCCCUUGAUCCUCCUCUGUAACUACUACUCGUUUAUAAAUAAAGUGAAAGGCUGUCAUAGUAGGACGGCUUGGGUCCAGGCUAAUCUCUGGAGGAGGCAAGCUCAUGUUCCUCACCUGCCCUUUGGUAUCCUUGUUUUUGUGCCCCUGAUGGGACCUUUUACCCUUGAGCCACCCUCAGCCAUGGUGCUCACACUUAUAUCUGGGCUUCUGGGAGCUAUCCAGAUAGUACUUACUUUUCUUUCCUGAGAUCAGAACAAAUCACUCCCUUGCUCUCACCUGACAAUAAACUGAUCCUUCUUAAAGUACUGGCGGAUGAACCAAUGGUGACUGAGCACCUAAUGUAGGGUAGCUAUCUCCCUGCAUUACAUUACACAUUAACAUGAUUCUUAGUGCCAAAUGCAUGCCUUUGCCCGCCGUCUGAUGUGGCACCGCUUGUCAUGCACAAUUCUGGCAGAACCAGGGAGGACUGGCUUCUUGUCUUCCCUCCCCUCCCCUCCCCUCCCCUCCUCUUCCUUAUUCCUACUUUCCCAGGGUCACUCCCAUCACCCUCCAGCAGCCAUGCUCAGAUGAGCUCUAGCUUCACCCAGCUUUGCCCCACUCUUUGGUAGGAAAGGGAAAAGGUAAGAAUUGCCAUGGGUGAGAGAGGUGCUGUUGUGGCUUUUCCUGACACUUAAAAUGUUGUUGAGAUGUGAUAACGUUAGAUGGAAAAGAUGCCUAUGCAAACUCAUGAAUAGGGCUUUUAUAAAAUGUUCACUGGAAUCUGAGUUCAAUAUUUGACUUUAGCUGUUUGUCUAAACAGUUUACCAGCCUGUUAGAGGAUCGUUGCUCAAAUCAUAAAAAUCACAAAUUUCCAAAUGUGUUACAGUAAAGACAUUCUUAGUAACUGUUUAGUGAUACUUCGUGCUAAGUGCAUUGUAUGCAUUGCCUAUUUGAAUCUUCAACAGUUACUCUAGGUAAUAGAUAUUUCAAUUCUCUUGUUUCCUUGUGUUUCAAAAUGGAAAUAAUUCUGUUCAUGUAACCUUGUGUUUUCACGUACCCAUAGAGAUUAAUCAGGAAAUUCAAAAGGACAUUUUUGGUACCUUCCUUUAGUUUGAGCUCUCCAUUCUUGUGAAUAGGUAAAACAAUGUAUUUGCUCUCACCUGGAAUCUUUGCUUUUGGCACUCUGAUACUGAGAGAGGAAAUGGACACUCAGUGGGUCCUGGUGGUAGUUGCACACUGGAUAUACAGAGGGCUAUGUCUCAUCUGUACUCUGCUGGGUUACAGGAUUUGGGGAGGCAGCCAUAUCUACCUGAUGAAUAUCUUUUAUUACCUUUCAUUUAACAGACAGGAUGUUUUCCUUGCUGCAGUUAAUUCUGCCAGAGAGACAAUUCAUAAGAAAAAGUCGUAUUCACAGUAUGAAUUGCUUUCUCUCUCUUCCCCUACAGUUUUAGUAACUCCCUUGUCCGUUUGUUGUCUCAAAAGAAGAACUCAGUAGUGGAGACUUCUUUUAAUGUGGAAAUGUGGUCUGGUCAUGUGGUCAGUUAUCAUCCUUUUUGUAUAUAACUGACCCAGUCUGGUUUCCAGAUGAGAAGUGUGCAAGACCCAGAUGUCAGGAAACCACGAAGCCAUAUUUCAGCUAUGAAGAAAAAUCUGCUUCCUGCAUCUGUUGAGACAUGUUAUAAUUACAAUUGUUUAUAAAUGCCAUAUCUUAUCUUUCUUUUAACAAAUUGCACCGUUCUUGCCAAAAUAAAUGCCAUUACCCGUAUGCUUCAGGGAAUUCCCCAAUUUGACUAGUGUGUGUGUAAGAAAGAGAAAAAGAGAUAGAGAAAGAUGGUAAAACUUUCCCAAAAAGGGAGAAAGCUCUUGUGUGGAUGGCAUGGAUAUGCCUUCUUUCCUUGGUGAUAAUUAGGCUAUUCCAAGAAUGACACUGUUGUCAUUCUUGAAAUAACAGGUUUCCUGUCUUAAAACUUUUCAGAGGAGCAGUGCACAUAGAAGAUUUUCCCUGGGGUUAGUGUGUGUCAAACUCCAUUUCAUUAAACCUUUCUUCACUUUAAGGCUUUGGCUAUAAAGUCAAAAACAUACUAAGCAACAGCAACAACAAAACUGAUUUGCAUUUAAUUUAGAGAAGAGUAAAGGAAAGAAAAACAAAAAAUUAGUCUUUAUAUAAGCUCCAAGAUGCCAGGGCGUAGAGGGCUUUUCUAGUUUUAUGAGAAUUUGUACUACUGAUUUUUAUAUAUUCUUGUUUUUUGAGAUGAACAGAUCUCUGGGGAAAUUGUUGAGUUAUAAUGGCAUUUCACUGUGAUUUCUCUCAAGCUCAAAUCAGUUCUCUAACCUAAUGACAACUUGUCCGGUUUACUGUCCUGUGAAAUGUCAGCUCUGCUUUCCCAGAAGUCGUGUGUUUACGAUGAGUCAGUGGUUUUCCUCAGUGUGAAAGUUGUCGGCCCUCUUGAUUUGGGUGUAUGUGCUUAUUAAUUCAAAGUAUCUAAGCCUAAACUGUAAAUGCUCUCCUAACUGUUAAUUGUGUUAUUGAUUAUUUUGAUGAUCUUGCUUGAAGAUUAUUCGUACUUUUUAAUUUGAUAGAAAUAAAGAUUUUUUUCUGCUUAUAA